UUUGCUAACACGAGUAGAGCGUUUAGUCGAUGGCUGCCCAUAUACGAAGCGAACGCGAUAAAAGUUAACGCCUUGAUAAGAAGGAACCUCGAAAGCUUGCUUAAAGAGUAAAGAACCUCCUUGUAUUUGGGAAAUGGAUCGUUCAAAAAUGGUUUCUUACGAGACAAUGGCGUCGAUAUGUUUAAAAAUACUGAAACUGCUCAAUAAUAUCGGCGUACUGGUCUUAUACCGCACGGGGAACGGCGGCGAUUUCUUAGGCAUCGGUGGCAAUUGGAAUUUACAGGAAAGGCAUAAUGCUUCCCUUGAAAUACUUGCUUCAGGCAUUUUUGUUGGAUUUAUUAUAUAUACAGCUGUAGUUAUUAUUGGAUACUGUUUUGGAGGUAACACAAAUAAGAGAGACUUAACUGACAUUCUUAUGAAUACAAUUGGAGCCGUAUUGUGGAUAACAGUAGGUGGGAUAGCAAUACACUUCUGGUUUGGCUACAUGACCGAUGGUAGUUUUGCAUAUGCCAGCAGUGAACGUAGUGUGGGUUUAACAAUGGGCGCAUUGUGCGUUUCUCAGGGGGCUCUUUAUAUUGCCGAUACUAUUUUGGGAUGCGCGCUAUACUAUAAAGGCCCCACAGAGUAUGCCGUCAUAAGGCAGUAUACGUUGGAAUAAAUAAGAGGCUACUUCACGAAACUUAAAAACUUUCAUGUUCAAAAUACAUAUAUUAUAAAUAUUUUUUUUUUGGAAAUACAUAUGUGUUACAUAUGCAUAUUGAAAAAUAAAAUACAUAAGGAAGAUAUUUCUGAAAA